CAGGAAGGCACUGUCGUGGCGCCGACUCUCGACGUUUCGGCUGGUGCUGUUGGUCGCCGCGCUGGUGCGUAAAUUAUCGAUCAUUUAUAGUCAGCCAUUGCCCAAGCCCUUUUGGAUGCAGGCAGCGAUUGUCGCGUUGGCGGCGCUGAGGCGGUCGCCCCGGCCAUGGGCGGCGCAGGGAGCGGCGGCGGCAGCGGCUGGAGAGCAGCAGCUGCCGCCGCUGCCGUCUGGCUCCAACGCCACCAUCUUCGUGUCCAUUGGCGCCUACCGCGACAGCCAGUGUGGCGACACGCUGGAGAGUCUGUUUACGGCCGCCGCCCACCCGCACCGCGUGUUCGUGGGCGCAGUGGCCUACGUGAUGGCCGGCAACAUCAGCGGCGCGGGCGAGCGCUGUGAGGCGCCCGGGCCGCUGCUGGAGCCGCACCAGCGCAACAUCCGGCGGCUGGUGCUGGCCGCCCGCGAGGCGCGAGGCCCCACCCUGGCGCGGCACCAGGCCGCCUCCCUGUACGGCGGCCAGGACUACCUGCUGCAGAUUGACUCCCACAUGAACUUCACACGCGGCUGGGACGACGAGCUGCUGCGCAUGGCCGCGGCCGCGCCCACUCGCCGGCCCGUGUUCACGCACUACCCUGCCAGUGUGGAGGACACGGCUGAGCGGCGUGUGCCGGUCAUGUGCGGCGCCGCCUGGCUGCCGCACGAGGGCGUGGUGGGCUUCACGGCGGCGCUGGGGGAGGUGCCGGCACGCGGCGCGUUCAGGCCUGUGCCGUUCGCGGCUGGGGGCUUCAUGUUCGCGCCGGCAGCGGUCAUGAAGGAGGUGCCAUACGACCCCACACUGGACUUCCUAUUCCACGGAGAGGAGUACCUGUACAGCGCCCGGCUGUGGACCAGCGGCUGGCAGCUCCUGACGCCCGACGCCAACGUGGCCUUCCACCACUACGGCCGACUGGCGGCGCCCAAGUACUGGCAGGACUUUGAGCACGACCAGAGCUACCACCGGAAGCAGCGCGAGGUGCUGCAGCGGGUCAAGGCCAUAAUGGGCGGCGGCGGCCCCCGCGGCUACCGUUAUGGCAUGGGCAGCGCGCGGCCGCUGGCGGACUGGUGGGCGUACGCGGGGCUGGACCCGCACAACAAGUCCCGCCUGCCCCCGCACAGCAGGUUCUGUGGCGGCAGGGUGUUCCACUACGGGCCCGAGCCGUGGGGGCAGCAGGGGCAGGGGCAGCAGGGGCAGGGGCAGCAGGGGCAGGGGCAGCAAGGGCAGGAGCAGGGGCAGCCGGGGCAGGACCGUGUGUCCACAGGUGCACUUGAGGCAGAUGGCGCUGCUGGUGGGAAGGCGGCGACGGGGGAUUCCAAACCGGUGGGCGCAAGCGCUGUGAGGCUGCGAGGAGGCGGGGGCGGUGGGGCGGCCGCUGGGUCAUGGAGGCCACACUGGCUGCCGAAGGUGCAAGGCGGGCACUAGGUGCAAUGAGGCAGGGUUGCCGUAAUAUCAUAG